GGAUGAGCCAUUAAGCCGUAACUCGUCUCUGUUGUGGUGAUAAAAAAGAGUGCACGUAUACUGCCGCCACUCCUGGUUCCAAAACAACUAGCUUUCUAUUUCCAUGCCAGGGUCGUCGAUGAGUCAUUCUUUGGGAUUUUACGCAACAUCCUGCACAGCCCAAGGGCUGGGUGUUUGGUAAAAUUCCUCAGGGAGCAAGUGCUCGCUGAAGUUGUGUGGUUUCAUGGCUCUGCUUCCCGUUCCACUUGGCCAGGCGCUCAGGCUCAGCUCAAUCGUCUCCGAGAGGUGUACGAAUCCAUUCUACAGCAGUCCGUCGCUUGCAUUCCCCCGCAGACCACGGCCCUCUCAUUCGUUUCUUAGAAUUGAAGCGAGGAACAUCACUCGAACAGAGAAUGCGAAGGUCAGAAACCGGAGGAUGCGAAGAAAGUUCAAUGGCUCGCCUACUAAGCCAAGGCUCUCAGUAUUUUGUUCAAACAAACAACUGUAUGCUAUGCUCGUUGAUGAUCAAAAUAAGAAGACUCUCUUUUAUGCAAGCACCUUACAGAAAUCUAUCCAUGAAACUUGCUCUUGUAGCAGCACUAUAGAAGCUGCUCAAAGGGUUGGUGAGGAGCUUGUCAAGGCAUGCAAGGAUCUAGAUAUCUCUGAGAUAUCAUCUUAUGAUCGCAAUGGAUUUGCUCGAGGGGAAAGAAUGGCAGCAUUCGAGAUUCCAAUCUCUCAUCAUGGAUUCUUACCACGUUAGCUGAUAUAUUUCCCAUUCUAAAUAUAUUUGUUUUUGUUCAGUGAUGAUAUUGUAGGCUUUUGAGAAACAUGUCAGAACGACGGCUAAAAAGCUUGCAGUAUAUAGAAGCCUCUUUGACAA